GUUGGCUGGGCUGAUGCACCGCUUUGCUCACAGACGAAGGUCCGUUGCCGAAGAAAAGGUGGCAGAGGAUUGAGCCAGCGAUUCACCAGAUGAAUCAACACCUCGGCCUAUCAGGCGCUGGCAACAGAUUGAGCCAGCGAUUCACCAGAUGAAUCAAAAACCUACGAAUUCUGAGCCUGUCAAGCGCUGGCAUCGGCACCGCCCGGAGAAGCCUGAAGGAUGGACAAUCGAAGAGUGCUGGCACUCUUCGAACAGAGAGGCCACGCAGAUGACCGCGAAGGAGGGGCACAAGGACCAGCUCCGAAGAAUUUUUGAGGUCUUCGGAGAGAUCCACAACGUUUACAACCACACCCGCCAGAUGUGGUGUUGGGUGCAAUUCGCUUCGCCAGAGACUACGCAGAAGGUUGGGUUGGGCAAAGUUCUGAACCGUUCGGGCGCAGACUUGGCUGCUGAGAUCAAAAACAUGACGAGCUGCGUCGAUUUGGGUGCCAUUCACGCACCUGGAGGUUGAUUAAUGGAGAGCAUGACAAGGC